GCAAAUUGCAAUUCCGUUUUGUCGACAUGUAAAUUGCGGUUCCCAUUUGCCAAAUUGCAAGUUACAACCUCCCGCACAACUACCUCUUUUUCUACUCCCCACUUCACCUCUCUCUCUCCCUGUAUUUAAAAGUGGCAACAAUCAACAACCAAAAAAGAAGAAAUCAUAAUCAUACGAAUUAAUUAUUAAACUUUUUGUUUAUCCCUUCUUCUCUCCUAUAAAAACACCAACACACAAAUCUUCACAACAUUUGCAUGAUCUGACUCACAAAUCAUCCUCCUAUUCCUCGGUCGUAGCCUGUUGUUCCCUCUUUCAUCUCUCUUCGCCGUCACAACAGCCACCACCAUGGUCGAAACCAGACGCGGCGCCUCUUCUUCCAAGCGUUCUCUCUCUUCGCCUUCUUCUGCGUCCAACACCAAACGAUCCAAGGUGUCUGAGGAUUCCUCUGUGGCGGCUCCGGUCAACGAAUCUGGAACCGGAAAUGAAUCUGGGGAACCGGAGCUACGACCCUCUGAUCUGCCAGAUACGGCGUCGUUGAAGGUCGCGGGUGUUUGUGAUAAGUCUCCUUCUGAAGGCGAGGCUUUGGUGCCUCCACUGUGUGCAGGUGAAACUGCGGAGAAAUCGAAGGUGGCUGGUCUUCCCCCAAGGAGCGUGAAGAAACGUGCUGCGAAAUCGUGCCCCAAGACUGCAUGGGGAAAGCUUCUCUCUCAGUGUUCUAAGACUCCUCAUGUGUGCAUGACUGAACCUUUCUUCACCGUUGGUCAAGGACGACAUUGUAAUUUAUGGCUUAAAGAUCCCACCAUUGGUAGUGUUUUGUGCAAGCUGAGCCACAUAGAGCGUGGAGGUUCAUCGGGUGCAUUACUGGAAAUCACAGGGGGAAAAGGUUCUAUUCACGUUAAUGGAAAGACUUAUAGAAAGAAUGCCCGCCUAAUUUUAAGUGGAGGUGAUGAGGUUGUCUUUGGUUCUUCUGCCAAGUAUGCUUAUAUCUUUCAGCAGCUGUCGAAUAGUAAUAUUAGUACUGCUGAUAUAGCUUCUUCCGUGAGUAUUUUGGAAGCCCAGAGUGCUCCAUUAAAUGGAAUGCAAGUUGAAGCCAGAUCUGGAGACCCUUCUGCUGUUGCUGGAGCAUCUAUAUUGGCAUCUUUAUCUAAUAAUAUUUGUAAAGAAUUAUCUCUCCUACCACCUGCUGCUAAAACUGGCAAGAAUGUGCAGAACACUGACAUUUCAUCACUACAUUCUGGCUGCGGGGAUGAUAUCCCAGACAAUGAAAUGAAUGAUACCACCAAUAAUGCUGAACCAGCUGGAGAUUUUUCUGCUGAUAAAACUGUUCUUGCAUCCUCUACCACUGUUAACGAAAAUCCUAACCUUGACUCAGUGGAAGUCGAUACCAAUAUUGAUGCAAAUGUUGGGAAGAUGACUGCUGCUGCAUAUGAGUUGAGGCCAUUACUGCGCAUGCUUACUGGAUCAUGUCCUGAAUUUGAUUUAAGUGGUAGCAUUUCCAAGAUAUUGGAAGGGCGAAGGGAAUUAAGAGAACUUCUUAAAGAUGUUGAUACCCCAACAGUAUUGGCAUCAACCAAGCGGGAAGCAUUUAAGGACAUUUUACAGCAGAGAAUUCUCAUAGCUGAGAAGAUUGAUGUCUCAUUUGAAACUUUUCCAUAUUAUCUAAGUGAUACUACAAAGAACGUCUUGAUUGCUUCUACAUUUAUUCAUUUGAAGUGCAAUGGCUUUGGAAAAUAUGCUUCAGACCUCCCAUCCGUGUCGCCACGAAUAUUGUUAUCUGGUCCUGCAGGUUCAGAAAUAUACCAGGAGACUUUGUCCAAGGCACUUGUGAAGCAUUUUGGUGCCAGACUACUAAUUGUGGAUUCUCUUUCACUGCCUGGUGGAUCACCAUCAAAGGAAGUUGAUUCUGCCAAAGAAAGUUAUUGUGCUGAAAAACCAUCUGUGUUUUCUAGGAAGAAAAAUCUCCAUACUGCCAUGUUACAACAUAAGAAACCAGCCUCUAGUGUUAAUGCUGAAAUUAUUGGGGGACCCAUGCUUAUUUCUAGUGCAUCAUCAAAAGGCACUACUCUUAAAAAGGGUGAUCGAGUAAAAUUUAUUGGUAGCUUUCCUUCUGCUGUCUCAUCGUUACCAAAUUAUAUUUCAAGGGGACCAAGCUAUGGCUCCCGGGGCAAAGUUCUCCUAGCUUUUGAAGAUAACGGGUCUUCAAAAAUUGGGGUUAGGUUUGAUAAAUCAAUUCCAGAUGGCAAUGAUCUUGGUGGCCUUUGUGAAGAUGACCGUGGGUUCUUCUGUUCUGCAAAUCAUUUACUACGAGUAGACGGCUCUGGAGGGGAUGAUCUUGACAAAGUUGCAAUUAAUGAAAUCUUUGAGGUUGUCUCUAAUCAGAGUAAAAGUGGUGCACUCGUGUUGUUCAUUAAAGAUAUAGAGAAGGCAAUGAUUGGCAACUAUGAAAUUUUAAAAAGUAAAUUUGAAAGCUUGCCACCAAAUGUUGUGGUAGUUGGUUCUCACACCCAGUUGGAUAAUCGUAAGGAGAAGACUCAACCCGGCAGUCUUCUGUUUACCAAGUUUGGAAGCAAUCAGACAGCACUGCUUGAUCUUGCUUUUCCGGAUAACUUUAGUAGACUGCAUGAUAGAAGCAAAGAAAUCUCAAAAGUUAUGAAGCAACUUAGUCGCCUUUUUCCAAACAAAGUGACCAUACAGUUGCCUCAGGACGAGGCUUUACUCUCUGACUGGAAGCAGCAGUUAGAUUGUGACAUUGAAACUAUGAAAGCUCAGUCCAAUGUUGUCAGCAUUCGCUUAGUUCUUGGCAGAAUUGGAUUGGAUUGCCCUGACCUUGAGACUCUCUGCAUCAAAGACCACACCCUAACGACUGAGAGUGUGGAGAAGAUCAUUGGAUGGGCUAUAAGUUACCAUUUUAUGCAUUCAUCUGAAGCUUCAAUCAGAUAUUCUAAGCUUGUAAUAUCUGCAGAAAGCAUUAAGUAUGGACAUAAUAUUCUACAGGGCAUUCAAAAUGAGAACAAGAACAUGAAAAAAUCACUUAAGGAUGUGGUUACUGAGAAUGAAUUUGAGAAAAAACUACUUACUGAUGUUAUUCCACCGACUGAUAUUGGGGUCACAUUUGAUGAUAUUGGAGCUUUAGAAAAUGUUAAGGAAACCUUGAAGGAAUUAGUCAUGCUUCCUCUUCAGAGGCCUGAAUUGUUUGGCAAAGGACAGCUGGCUAAGCCUUGCAAAGGAAUAUUGCUUUUUGGCCCUCCUGGCACAGGAAAAACAAUGCUUGCAAAGGCUGUAGCAACUGAAGCUGGAGCAAAUUUUAUUAACAUUUCAAUGUCCAGCAUUACGUCCAAGUGGUUUGGUGAAGGAGAAAAAUAUGUCAAAGCAGUCUUUUCUCUGGCCAGCAAAAUUGCUCCAAGUGUUAUUUUUGUUGAUGAGGUUGAUAGUAUGUUAGGAAGACGUGAAAAUCCUGGUGAGCAUGAGGCUAUGCGUAAAAUGAAGAAUGAAUUCAUGGUUAAUUGGGAUGGUUUGCGAACAAAAGAUAAAGAGCGUAUACUUGUUCUUGCGGCUACAAAUAGACCUUUUGAUCUUGAUGAGGCUGUUAUUAGGAGACUUCCACGAAGAUUGAUGGUUAAUUUGCCCGAUGCUCCAAACAGAGAAAAAAUUGUUAGUGUUAUUUUAGCAAAAGAAGAAUUGGCACCUGAUGUUGAUUUCGAAGCAAUAGCAAAUAUGACUGAUGGAUAUUCUGGGAGUGACCUAAAGAAUCUAUGUGUCACAGCAGCUCACUGUCCAAUAAGAGAGAUCUUGGAGAAGGAAAAGAAGGAGAGAAGCUUAGCAUUGACUGAGAACCAACCAUUACCUCAGUUGUGUAGCAGUACCGACAUUCGUCCCUUAAAGAUGGAAGAUUUUAUAUAUGCACAUGAGCAGGUUUGUGUUAGUGUAUCAUCGGAGUCAACAAACAUGAAUGAACUACUCCAAUGGAACGACCUUUACGGAGAAGGUGGAUCAAGAAAAAUGAGAUCUUUGAGCUAUUUCAUGUAAAGCUUCCUGUAUAGCAUUUAUUGGUUAGGCAAUUCUUCUAUCACCUAAAUGGUGUGUGUAACAAGGUCAGAAGUGACCAAUUGAUGUGAAAAUCCCAUCAUUGGCAAUGCCUUUAUUGUGUCGUAGGUUUUCCCUUUUUCCCCUCCCUCCAACCCUCACCAUCCUCUGUUCUGCCUCCAAUUUUUUUCAAAGUAUAAUUUGUUUGACAAAUUCACUGAGGUCAAGCUUAACGUUAGGUCCCCUUCUGAUCCAACUCUGCUCUCGGCUUGUAAAUACCCAGUUAAUUUUUAAAAACAAGUCUAAUUUUUGCUAAUUCCACUAACAAAUCGUAUGACAUUGUAUUUGUGCUUUGCAGUGUAAAACCCCCAUCCCUGGAUAAAAAAGUGUAUAUCUGAAAAUUAUAUGCACACUUUUCUGCACAUCCAUCAUGGAAAGUGAAUAUGCUGUCUUUGUUCAAUUUGAUUUUAAAUUACCUUGAUCA